AUGACGUCAUUCGCGGCGUGCACCCGCGUCAUACUUAGUGUUAUAAGAGCGGUCGGAGGAGCGAUGGUUCAGAUCAAAUCUAACGUUGGUUCAGAACGCACGCGCCGUUGCACAUACAAGAUGUAUACAAAUCCCUUCGAAAGGAAGCACUCGGCCUUGAGGCAAACCCUCGACCGCUUGAUACGCGGCGACGCCAGACUGAGCUUCCGCACGAAGAAGUCGUCUUUAAAGAACAACAGCAGCAAUUCAUCAAUUGUGACAUAUAUUCACGCGGUCUGCACUUACAAAAGAUCGGGUUGGACCGGAUUCAAUCCUUUGACGUCAAUGAGUCUGAAUGGGGUCAAUAUUUUAUCGUCAUUAGUUUGGUUGAUGGAAAAAAUACAUGCAUCUGUUUAUUUUCUGAUAUGGAAACCAAUUAAAAAG